AUGCCUUCCAUGUUCAUUGUUGUGAAGAACAUAAAGCCGGAACACCAGCUCAGCGUAAUCAGGGUGAGAGCAGUACGGGUCUAUGAAGUGCCAGAGAAAAGGGGAGAGGGGCAGGCCAGUAAGAGCAUGGAAGUAUUGUUCCAUGAUGAAGAGGGAGACUACAUUCAUGCUAGUAUUAUUAAAAAUGACAUUGGAAAGUAUAGAGAUAUAAUCAAAGAAGGGAAAGUCUUUGAAAUCAAGAACUUCAUGGCUUCUACAAACUACUAUGUCUACAAGAUUACAGAACAUGACUUUCUAAUCAAAUUCAACUAUAGAACACAAGUGAAGGAGAUACAUUCUAAUGGCUUUCCUUGCAAAAUGUUUCGGCUAAAGAGUUUUUUGGCUUUGAAAGAUCCUGUUGAUGUGAAUGACAAGGAAUUGAUUGAUGUGAUUGGAAUGGUGAUUGAGAUUUACAAUCCUGUGGACAAGAUUAUAGGGGGAAAGGCAACCAAACUCAUCGACUUUCAAAUUGAAGACAAUGCUGACAACACACUGACAUGUACACUUUGGAAUGAGCAUGUAUCUGCCCUUAUGCCUUAUUACAAUAUUGAUUCGAAAGAACCACUAAUUGUAGUCAUCCAAUGCUGUAGGGCUAAAGUUGUUAAUGGUGAGGUCAGAAUAACCAGUUCAUAUGAUGCUACGAAGCUUUGGUUCAAUGAGGAUUUUGAGGAAUUUCAAGAGUUUAAGUCAAAGUAA